AGAGCGCGCGCGCCAGAGAGAGAGAGAGAGAGAUAGAAAGAUAGAGAGGCGGAGGAGGAGGAGGCUCGGGCCGCCGCUGCACCCCGGAGGAGCGGAGCGAAUAGGAGAAAAGAGAAGCGAGGAGAAAAGAAGAGAAGACGCCGCCGAGGGAGCGGAGCCGUGCUCAGCUUGAAGGAUGUUCUCCUCUGUGAAGGCCUUUGAGGGGCAGCAGUAUUCGGUGCUGAAGAAGCAGUGCAUGCAAAGCGGGACUCUGUUCGAGGAUCCGUUCUUCCCCGCUGUGGAUGAUUCUCUGUUCUAUCAGGGAAACCGUAUUGGCCGCGUACACUGGAAAAGACCUGGGGAGCUGUGUGAUGAUCCGCACUUGUUCGUGGACGGGAUCAGCGCUCAUGACCUGCACCAAGGGCAACUGGGAAACUGCUGGUUUGUGGCGGCGUGUUCAAGCCUGGCCUCGCGCGAGUCUCUGUGGCAGAAAGUUAUCCCUGACUGGAAAGAGCAGGAAUGGGAUACGGAGAAAACAGACUCGUACGCUGGAAUUUUCCACUUCCGCUUUUGGCGCUUUGGUGAUUGGGUGGAUGUGGUGAUCGAUGACCGCCUGCCCACGGUGGACAAUCAGCUGGUGUACUGCCACUCACAUGACAGCAAUGAGUUCUGGAGUGCUCUGGUGGAGAAAGCUUAUGCCAAAGUGUACGGCUGUUACGAAGCUCUGGAUGGUGGGAACACGGCCGACGCUUUAGUGGACUUCACCGGUGGCAUCUCGGAGCCAGUGGACCUGCUGGAAGGAAUGUACGCUCAGGAUGAAGCUGCCAGGAACCAGAUGUUCGAGAGAGCGCUGAAGGUCCACAAUCGAGACGGACUCAUCAGCUGCUCCAUCAGGGCGACCACAGUGGAGGACAUGGAGGCUCGGCUGGAAUGUGGGCUGGUCAAAGGUCACGCUUACGCAGUCACCGACGUUCGGAAAGUGCGCUUGGGCCACGGCUUGCUAUCCUUCUUCAAAUCUGAGAAGCUGCAAAUGAUUCGCAUGAGGAACCCCUGGGGGGAGAAGGAGUGGAGCGGGCCAUGGAGUGACAGCUCAGAGGAAUGGAAUAAGGUGAGCAAGAGCGAGAGAGAGAAGCUGGGCGUCACUGUGCAGGAUGACGGAGAGUUUUGGAUGAACUUUGAGGAUUUCUGUCACUACUUUACUGACCUCAUCCUGUGUCGGCUCAUCAACACGUCCUACCUGAGCAUCCAUAAGACCUGGGAGGAGGAGGUGAUGAGAGGAUCGUGGGUUUACCGAGACGACCCUCUGCGUAACCGAUCAGGAGGCUGCAUCAAUCACAAAGCCACUUUCCUGCAGAACCCUCAGUACGUGUUCGACGUGAGGAAGGUGGAGGAUGAGGUCUUGAUCUGCCUGCAGCAGAAAGAGAAAAGAGCGACUCCCAAAGAAGGCAGAGGAGAAAACCUGGCUAUCGGCUUCGACAUCCAUCGGGUGGAGCUGAACAGAAAAUACCGCAUGCACACGGCCCAGCAGAAAGUCGCAGGUUCUAUCUACAUCAACUCUCGCUGCGUCUUCCUGAGGAAAGAGCUGAAAGAAGGCCGCUAUGUCAUCAUCCCUACGACCUUUGAACCUGGCCAGCAAGGAGAGUUCCUGCUCCGGGUAUUCACAGAUGUGCCUUCAGACUGCAAAGAGUUGACCCUGGACGAGCCUCCUCAGACGUGUUGGACAGGGAUGUGUGGAUAUCCUCAGCUGGUCACUCAGGUGCACGUGCUGAGUGCUGAGGGGCUGCAGGGACAAGACUCUAACGGCGCCUCAGAUCCAUACGUGAUUAUCACUUGUGAGGCGGAGAAAGUUCGAUCACCUGUGCAUAAGGACACAAGAAGUCCCAACUUUGACAUCAAAGGGGUGUUCUAUCGCAAAAAGCCAAAAGAAGGCAUUCACAUUGAGAUCUACAAUAAGAAUGUGAUUGUAGACACCUUCCUGGGUCAGGUCACUCUCUUCAGUGAACCGAAUGAUCGACAAGAGCAGCACAUUGUCCACCUGAGGGACAAGGGCAGCCGCCAAGACAACGACCUCCCCGGCAUGCUGACCGUUCGCCUGAUCACCUGCACCACGCUGACCAACAUCUGACACCAUAUUGAACCUCAGCCCUGCUCGUUACCUCUUCCUUUCUUCUCUCUUAAUGGCCUGAGAUCAAGGUAUUCCUCAUCUCUUGCUGAAUACCCAUAUCAUUUUGCAGUGCUUGCAUAGUAUUCAUAAGGGCUACACAUUAGUUGUGCAUGAGCAGCUGAGGUCGGUUCGGUAUUGGGACCUUUGCGGAGUCUUCGCCUUGCGAUCAGCCGCAUGGUUUCCUGCUGCCAGCUUACCUCAACAAAAAUCUGUUCUUGCCAUCACUUUUUGUGCUCCCUCAUGGUAUUCCUACCAGUUCAGACUUGCAUUACUAUCUUACUUUGUUGAAGACCAUUUAGGGAUGCCUUGGAUAGCGCCUGACCCACCUGACCUGCUUUCUGAACAACAAUGAGGAUGACUCGAGUGCCUCUGAAUUGCGUGUAUUCUUCAAAAUUUUUGGAUGUGCAGCAGCAUGCUUGGUGUAGCUUUGCAACAAUACCAAGAAACAGGGGCACGCAGUUCAGCCACGACCAGCCGCCUUCGAGGACCAAAAGCUCAU